GUGCGCUGCAUGUUAUAGUAUGGUAGUUCAGUACAGUGUAUAUCUAAGUACGUAGUCUCAAAAAUCGGUGAUCUAAGAUGGAGUUAUUCGGCACUUAGAUUCCAUGUUUGCACUCAUGCGCCGUUAGGAUACAUCUCUACCGUGCAAUAUACACACACACGCCGUGUACAAUACAUCUAUGCCAAUCAAGUCACCAUCGAUUAAGUAGUAAUAAGUCAAUAUGCUUAAAGAUGAGGUGCUCCUACAGUUCCACUAUGAAUGGGUCUACAAUACCAUCCUCGUGCACCAGCAUCCUGUGACAGGACUCCUGCCCUCAUUUUACGAACAAGGGUCGAGGAAGGUCAACAACCCCAAUGAUCUAUCCCACCAUUCAUGGGUACGAGACAACGUGUACGGGUGUCUUGCGGUGUGGGGGUUGGCGUUGGCCUAUAGGAAGUCAGUCGAUGCUGUCAACAGAGCCAAGGCUUACGAGCUAGAACAGAGUGUGGUCAAGCUCAUGCGCUCGCUACUCUUCUCCAUGAUGUGCCAGUCGGACAAGGUGGAGAAGUUCAAGCAGUCCCAGGCCACCAGCGACUCACUCCACGCCAAGUACUCCUCAGCCAACGGCAAGGUGUGCGUAGGCGACAAGGAAUGGGGGCACCUGCAGAUCGAUGCCACGUCGCUGUAUGUGCUGAUGCUGUCGCAGAUGACCGCCAGUGGGUUGCAGAUAGUUUGGUCGUUGGAUGAGGUGCACUUUGUUCAGAACUUGGUGUUCUACAUUGAACUGGCCUACCACACGCCUGACUAUGGUAUCUGGGAGAGGGGCGACAAGACCAACCACGGCCUGCCCGAGCUCAAUGCGUCGUCGAUCGGCAUGGCCAAGGCAGCGCUUGAAAGCAUCAACGAAUUGGAUCUGUUUGGAGCACAGGGGGGACCCAAAUCAGUGAUCCACGUCAUGCCAGACUAUAUCAGACGCAACCAAGCCAUUCUCGAGUCACUGCUGCCGCGCGAAAGCAAUAGCAAGGAGAUCGACGCUGGACUGCUGUCCAUUAUCUCGUACCCUGCGUUCAGUGUCGAGAGCAAAGCAGUGGUAGACAUUACACGUGACGACAUCGAGUCCAAGCUCAAGGGCCGGUACGGGUGUAAACGCUUUCUGCGAGACGGCUAUAUGACCCCGAUGGAGAACCGCAACCGCUUACACUAUGAGCCUGCUGAGCUGCAGGUGUUUGAUAACAUUGAGUGUGAGUGGCCGUUGUUCUUUAUGUAUCUGGUACUGGACGGGCUCUUCCGCGGGGACGUGCAGCAGAUACACGAGUACUCUGAGCUGCUAGAAGACCUCCUGAUGGAUCCGGAAGAGUCUUAUGUGGAGGAUGUGGGCGCCAAGCCCGUGAUGGACUUUCCCAAGGAUGUGGACGUUCAAACGCUUUCCAAAACGUAA